AUGAAAGAAUGGAUCAAAGGUUUGUUAGCUGUACCGUUCGUUUUGCAUUCACAACCAACUGGUGUAUUCGAGUCGAGGAAAGGAACCAUCGGUGAGAUGGCCGAGAUUGCCCACCGCCGUUAUGCAGAAAUUAUGCAAGAUGUUGAAGAUAUGAUCGAUGAUCAUAUUGCCCAUCAAAAAGUUGGAUUGGGAGGUCAAUCCAAAUUGAAGCUACUUGUUCCCAGCAUUGGUACAUUCUUCACUCGACUUCCCCUAGCGGACGCUUUUAGAUAUCAGGACAGGAAACGUUUCAUUUCAUCAAGACGAUUCGUUCCACCUUCUUUCAACGAUAUUAGAUUGAUCUUGAACACUGCGCAGCUCAUGGGAGUCACAUCUACGGGUUCAGUGGAUUUAGCUACUUUUGAUGGUGAUGUUACUUUGUAUGAUGACGGUAAAAGUCUCGAACCUACAAACCCUGUUAUCGAGCGAAUAAUCAACCUCAUGAGCCAUGGCACCAAAAUUGGUAUUGUAACAGCAGCUGGGUAUACUGAGGCCGAAAAGUAUUAUGGGAGACUUCAUGGACUUCUGGAAGCAAUCAAUGUCUCCGCUAUUCUUACACCAGAACAAAAGCAGAAUCUUAUUAUAAUGGGCGGCGAAUCCAAUUUCCUCUUCACCUAUGACCCCACCUCUCCACACCUCCUAACCCAUCACCAAAGACGCUCCUGGAUUCUUCCCAGCAUGUCUACCUGGACUCAACCGAGCAUAACCGCUCUUCUCGACCUUGCCGAAUCCUCUCUCCGCGAAUGCGUCACCAACCUCGCGUUGCCCGCCACAAUACUCCGAAAAGAACGAGCUGUAGGCAUCAUUCCUCGUGACCCAGGCUUCAAGUUCGCACGGGAAUCCCUCGAAGAAACAGUACUGGUUGUACAAAAGAAGCUUGAGAUGUCGGACGUUGGCAGCUCAUUGCCAUUUUGCGCUUUUAAUGGAGGAAAUGAUGUCUUUGUCGAUAUUGGUGAUAAAAGUUGGGGAGUAUUGGUUUGCCAGAAAUUCUUUGGCGGAAAUGUUGAGGAUGAAAAUCAAUGGAUUAGAGGAGAGAGAACACUGCAUGUUGGAGAUCAGUUUUUAAGUGCUGGAAGCAAUGAUUUCAAGGCGAGAGUGGUGGGGACUACGGCUUGGAUUGCAAGCCCUAGUGAGACGGUGGAACUGUUGGAUGAAUUAGGAGAACUUAUUCAGAAGAAACAGGGGGAUGUUGCUGAGGACAUCCGAUUGGAUAAUUUGAGGCCAGUGGAUUUAUAUUAG